AUGCAACCUAACCUGUACGAGCCCCGGUCCCUACCUGUCAUGGCGGAUCAAAAUGCUGCAUCGGACGCGUCCCAGCUGGACAAGGAGAUUGCCGUGUUGAGGAAACAAGCCGUGCUUCUUCGCAAAACGCUGCAGAUACAGUGCUCCACCAUCCUCUCCUCGGCCUCAAUCACGCGCGCCAUCCGAUCCUCCUCGUCGCCCGCCGCCGCCCGCCGCAGCACCCCCGCGGCCAAGCUCAAGACGCGCUCGGCCCGGCAGCAAGCCUACAUGCAGCAGUGCAUCUACCGCAUCGCAGCACCCGUCACCUCCUUCAAGGUCCGCGACCCGGACCCCAACGCCGUCGACGGCGGCCACGUCCUCGGCCUCCGCUUCGAGAUCAUGUCGCGCGGGCAGUUCCUGCGCCCCUACUACGUCAUGCUGAACCGUCCCUUUGCCGCCUCCGCCCAUCUCCGCGUCCACCGGCACACGGUCCCUCCUGCGGUGCCCCUGGCCGGCCUGGCUGCCCGGUUUCUGCCCGCCCCCGCGAGAGGCGGCGGCGGCGGCGAGGAUGACGGCCCCGCGCACCAGGACCUCGAGCGCUUCGUGAGGAUGCUGCGGCGCGAAAUCGUGCGCUACCACAACCGGCUGGGCGUGUCUGCCGACUUGAGGAGACGGCUGGGCUUGCAGGAGGCGGGCGCGCGGACCCCGUCACCGACCGCUCUCGUGGAGCUCGGCAUCGCGGAUAUCGAGGCGAAGCAGAUCAACCUCACGUGGGCCGAUGAGAGGACGGCGAGACUCGUCAUGGAUGACGACGGGAAAGUCGUCGGCUUCGUGGUGUUUGGGCCCGACGGGCGUGAUUGGGAGGCAUCGAGUGCCAUCUUUUCCCCAUCAGACAGCGUCGAAGAUGUGACUCGAAAAUUGGAAGCUUAUAUGAAUGUCAACUUGCAGCGAAACGAAUAG